AUGCCUGGACAACGUGGACCCGUACCAGUGCUGGCUCAGGCUGGCGGCCGCGACCUCACUCAAGAAGUGCUGGACCUUCUGGACACCAAGCAAAGCGUUGCGACCGAGAGCGACCUCCCCGAUGUUGGACAAGCAGAAAUAAAGGCCGCUCUGGACAGACUGGCCUCGAGAAACAUGGUCACCUACGAGACCAACGACCAGGAGCAGGUCGUUCUUACAAAGGAGGGAGAGCAGAUUGCCAAUGAGGGCAGUCACGAGUUCAAGGUGUGGCAGGCCGUCAACAGCAAAGGCCAACUGCCCUUGAAGGAGCUUCCGAGCGUGGUCGGCGCAGACUCGGCCAAGGUCGGCCAGGGCAACGCAUUCAAGCUCAAGUGGAUCAAGAAGGACGGUGAUGUUCUCGUGUCGCUGGUCGACUCGCCCAAGGACACAACCCGCGACAUGCUCGCCGGCGUCCAGAGCAGCAAGAGUCUGUCGGACAACAAGCUUCUCGCCGACUUGAAGAAGCGCAAGUUGGUCACCGUCACAAAGGUCAUCAGCUAUGUUGCGUCCAAGGGUCCCAAGUACGCAAAGGAGAUGCCUGUUGAGCACACCGACCUCACACCCGAAAUGCUCGAGUCUGGCGAGUGGAAGACUGCAAACUUCAAGCCCUACAACUUCGCCGCACUUGGAGCUCAACAGCAUGCUGGUGCUCUGCAUCCCCUGAUGAAGGUGCGCGAGGAGUUCCGCAAGAUCUUCUUCCACCAGGGCUUCAUUGAGAUGCCCACUGGCAGAUUCGUCGACACUGGCUUCUGGAACUUCGACGCCCUCUUCGUCCCCCAGCAACACCCCGCUCGCGAUCUCCAAGACACCUUCUACGUCUCAGAUCCCGUGUCAGCCGACUUCCCUCGUGCCGACCCCGCCGCAGACGCAGCAAUGGACGCCAUGGAAGCCGAUGCCAAACUCUACGACCCCCGCCUCGCCUCCACCGAACAGCCCAAGCAAGACUACCAAAAGUACUACGACAACGUGCGCAAAGUACACCAAGACGGUGCCUUCGGCUCAAUCGGCUACCGCUACCCUUACAACGACGCCGAAACCACAAAACUCGUCCUCCGCACACACACAACUGCUGUCUCCACCUACGUUCUGCACAGACUUGCCGCCAACCCUCGUCCUUGCCGUUACUUCUCCAUCGACCGUGUCUUCAGAAACGAAACCGUCGAUGCCACCCAUCUUGCCGAAUUCCACCAAGUCGAAGGUGUCAUUGCCGAUUACGACCUCACUCUCGGCGGCCUCAUGGCUUUCCUCGAAGGUUUCUUCGCCAAACUCGGCAUUUCCAACCUCCGCUUCAAGCCCGCCUACAACCCCUACACCGAGCCCUCUAUGGAAGUCUUCGGUUACCACAAGGGUCUUGGAAAGUGGGUUGAGAUUGGAAACUCGGGCAUGUUCAGACCUGAAAUGUUGGAGGCCAUGGGUCUGCCCAAGGAUUUGAGAGUGUACGGUUUCGGUUUGAGUCUGGAGAGGCCGACGAUGAUCAAAUAUGCUGUGAGCAACAUUCGUGAUUUGCUCGGUCACAAGGUGGAUUUGAACUUCAUCGAGAGCAAUGCUGCUGUUAGAUUGGACAAGGAUUAGAUGAUCUGCAGAACACGGGAAGGAAAGAUUGAUGAAUGCGUAAAAUGUUCAAGUUUAUACCAAAAAAUGCAAAGACCAAUUCACCC